AUGGUGGUUAACCAGAAGAUAUCCGGUCUCGCUGCCGUUAUGAACGCCAAGAUCCUCGGUUCUGGUGAGAGGUCAAUUGUCUUGGCACACGGGUUUGGAUGCGACCAGUCGGUCUGGGACAAGAUAAUACCGGUUCUGUCCCAAUCUUUUAAGGUUUUAGUCUUUGACUGGCUUUUUUCUGGAGCCAUCAAAGACCAAACUCUAUACGACCCUUCAAAGUAUAACUCCUUGGACCCCUUCUCUGACGAUCUUAUUGCUCUUAUGGAGGAGUUGAAGUUUGGCCCCGUUGUGUUCGUAGGCCAUUCCAUGUCGGGCAUGAUCGGUUGUGCUGCUUCUAUUAAAAGGCCCGAUUUGUUUACAAAUCUUAUCUCUAUUGCUGCUUCUCCCAGGUAUAUAAACAGUGAGGAUUACAAAGGAGGGUUUGAAUCAAAUGACAUUGACACGAUCAUCACCAACAUUGGCUCCAACUACGAAGCUUGGGCGGUUGCUUUCGCCUCCGUAGUGGUUGACUCAAAAGACCCUCUCUCAGUCAAAAGGUUCGAGAAAUGUCUUAAGAAGAUGAAGGCCGACACGGCUCUUGCUUUAGCUAAGAUAGUAUUUGGCAGCGACGAGAGAGAACUCUUAGGCCAAGUGUCAGUGCCUUGCCACGUCAUACAGCCAGGAAAGGACGUCAUUGUACCUGUCUCCGUCGCCUACUUCAUGCAGGAGAAGAUCAAAGGGGAAUCGACGGUGGACAUUAUCGAGGACGCGAUGGGUCACUUUCCACAAAUGACGUCACAUAUUGAGCUGCUUGGCGUCAUGAGGCGCCUCCUCGAGUUUUGAAGCUUGAAUAUAAUAAAUGAUUUGCGUCGAUAUUCUUAUUGUCUAUAAUAUUGUGUUACUAAGAUUAUGAAGUGUGUCCCCCUUACUGUGUGUAUUUAUUAGGGAUGGACAUUUCGCUUUAAUUAUGAGUUUGGUUUGGUUUGGUUUAUAUAGGUACAUAAAAACUUUAACCAAAGUCAACCCAAAUGAGUAUGGUUUGGUUUGCGUUCAGUUCGAUUUUAGUUCUGUUUGAUUUGUGUUUGAUUCGGUUAGUGUUCGAUUUGGUUUGUGCUUGGUUUAAUUUAAUUUGGUUAUGUU